UCCACACGAUCAGUCGUAUUCGAACAUCUUCGAACUAAAGUUGACAAGUUGUCCUUGUUAUAAUGCUUAGUUGAUAAUUACUUUAAAUUAACAAUUGAUAGAGAGUAAUUAUUCAGUCGGCGCGUGGUCAGCUCGCAAUAAUUACAAUCGCGUAUUAAUUAUUCGUGGUGAGAAAGAGUGCAUCUUGGAUGUUUCAAAGGGUAGUUCAGUGUUAAAUAUGAAAUUUCUGGUAACUUCUUUGAUUUAGGUCACGAUUAGUGCUCAAAACUUAUCAAGAAGAAGAUGUUUCAUUAGACAAUCAAUGAUAAUUAAUUGAGUGCUCAUUAGACACGCAUAUAAAAGAAGCCUUUGAGGUUGGUUCAAAGUGAAGGUGGUGGUGGCGAGCGAAGGUGAGCACACGUGUGCAUCCCAUCUAUCCCUUCAUUCGAUUUUCUCGGCCGGCGGACGGCGGUCAUUGUUGUUGGUCAGGUAUAACUGAAUGCAAUUAUUCUCAUGGUUCAGUGUCGCGGCGCGCGAUAAGAGUGCAUGAAGUGGAGGAAUUGGAUCCUCCGCCGACUUAUCGACUUUACAUUUCCGCAGAUACGCGUCCUACAAGCAAUCAAAAAGUAUCUCAAUAGAUUAAACACUUUUUUGGAUUUGUAUGAAAAAGUUGAAAAACUACGCAAUAUGAAACUUCAAAGGCCGCAUAAAAUUGCCAUCGGGUCAAUCGUUGGGUUUUUAUUCAUAGUCAUUUUUGGAUGGGUUGUGUUUCCAAGACUUAUUAAAAGCCAAAUUAAAAAUAUGUUGGCUCUCAAACAAGGCAACGAAAUUCGUGAUAUGUAUGUCAAAGUACCAUUCCCUUUGACGUUUAAAGUCUACAUGUUCAACGUGACAAACCCUUUGGAAAUAUCAGAGAAGGGAGCGAUGCCAAUUGUCCAAGAAAUUGGUCCUUAUAUCUACGAUGAAUGGAAGGAAAAAGUUGAUACAGUUGAUGAUGAGAGUGACGAUACCAUGGAAUACCGCAUCAAGAACACCUUCAUUUUCAAUCGAGCGCAGUCCGGCUCGUUAACGGGCGACGAAGUCAUAACAAUGCUUCAUCCGCUGAUUGCCGGUAUUGCCAUGGCCGUCGAGAGAGAAAAACCGGGUGCUUUAGCACUCGUCAACAAAGCAUUGACGAGCAUAUAUCGAAAUCCAACGCAUCCAUUUUUAACGACAACUGUGGAUGCACUUUUAUUUUCUGGGGUUGAUAUCGCUUGUAAUGUGACUGAUUUUGCUGGGAAAGCAGUGUGUACUCAACUUAGGAAUGAAGCUAAAGAUUUGAUUGAAAUAGAACCAGGCAUUUUUAGAUUUUCCCUAUUUGGACCUAAAAAUGGUACAAUUGGACAAAAAGUUAAGGUUAAACGUGGAGUGCAGAAUAUUAUGGACUUGGGACAGGUGGUAGAGUUUGAAGGUAAACCUAAGUUGGAUAUGUGGGGUUCCGAGGAGUGUAAUACCUACGGAGGGACAGAUUCUACGAUUUUUCCGCCAUUUUUAAAAGAGGAGGAUGGUCUUGUUUCUUUUGCACCUGAUAUCUGCAGGAGAUUACCUGCGUAUUAUGUAGAAAACACAAAAUACGAUGGUAUUUCAGUUCGGAGAUACAGUGCUGAUUUCGGGGACCAAAGCAAAGUCAAAGCUGAAAAGUGCUAUUGUCCCAGUGAAGACUUUUGUUACAAGAAAGGAAUCCACGAUAUGUACAAAUGCGUUGGAGCACCUUUCGUUGCAUCUCUACCUCAUUUCUACCUCAGUGAUGAAAGUUACCAGAAAGGUGUAAGAGGUCUCAACCCAACCAAAGAUAAACAUGAGAUUAUCAUCCUAUUUGAAAGCUUAACUGGUUCCCCUGUAUUCGCCAAGAAACGUAUGCAGUUCUCAUUACCAAUCCACGCCAUACCCAAGGUCACCACAAUGGCAAACAUGCCCGAUGUAAUGAUGCCCUUAUUCUGGGUAGAAGAAGGUGUGGAGCUAAACCGGACAUGGACGGGACAACUACGCACCCUAUUCACAACCCUUAAAGUGGUAAAAGUCACCAAAUGGUUAGUCUUACUAGGAACCCUUGGUGGUAUGGGCGGAGCUGGUUAUAUGAUGUACCAACUCCAACAACAAUCUGUGACCAUCACCCCAGUACACACAGUCAAUCCCAAUGACCUCAAAAAUGGCAAAAACAACACCAUCAGCAUGGUAGCUCAAAACGGCAACAACAUACGAAAUGGUACGAGUGUGGGGCAUGUAAAUCGCGCAAUGUCCACAAACGAAAUUGAUAAAUACUGAUUAUUAUUGAUCUACAAGCACGGGAAUACCUUCAAAACAAUGUUGAUAUCUUGUACGUAGUUUUAUGUUUUAUGUGAUAAGUGAUAUCUUACUACAAGUCAUAUAACUAUCUAGUUGUUGCUGUUACAUUCGUAUAUAUUUUAACUACUAGUAAGAUACAGAUCAAUAUUAGAUUCUAAACAGCUAAUUAAAUAAAAAUACCUAACUAGUCUUAAAA